GUCUUCUCGUUCUUGCAAAGUUUAUAUACCUCUACUUCUUUGAAUACAUUUCCGCGCAAUUGUUCCUUGUUUCGUUCAAGGAGAAACAUUUUCUGUACAAUACAAUAUCUGAUAUCCUAACCACAUCAUUUACCUUGAAAUACAGUAAUGCAAGUUAGAUUUGCAUUUUGAUACUGUCUAGACAGAGAUCUUGUACAGUACAACAUGAACGGAUGCAAUCGUGCCUCCAUUCUUCGAAAUCUGGCAAUGCCUCCUCAUGGCGUCAUGCCAGGAUUCUGUCCAUUGUGUCAUUCUUUCGACUCCCCACAGAAAUAAGAUAUAUUCAUAGAAGCCAAAGACACUUGCUCCGGCCACUAUCAACUAGACAGAACUCGACCACUUCGAAUUUGGAUGAGUUCAGUGAGGACAACCCUUCGCAGGAUUUUUGGGAUCAUGUCAGAAAUCGGAAGAGUCCGCAAAUGAGAUAUCUGGAUAUUAAACGCUCCAUUGAACGAAGUCCCACAGAGUUUCUCAAAUCCAGAAACGAUGAACCGUCUAAUCUGGAGGGUUUUGAUGAAGAUAGAAGCCGCUCCAACGGACUCGCUUCUGACGUGAUCAACCAUUCGCCAGUCCCUUUACGGUCCACGGAAAUUAGACCUCCAAGGUUGAGCAACAGGCUUAACAAAGCACGACGACUUUCGAGUCUUGAAUUUCUUGGGAAGUGGCUAGAUUUGCCAGAUGACGAUGCUCGGGAAGCACUUUGGCAGCACUAUAGAUCAGAGAAAUCUAAAUCAAAAGUGUCGGAAUCAGCUUUGCCAACGAUCCUGUUGCAGCAUAUUAGGGGCUACCCCUUGACCACAGACAUGAGCCUUGCCUUGCGUAAGCGAGGCUUCAGUAUAGAUGAUCUAGUCGUAUGGACCUACAUCAUUCAAGGAAAAGAUACAGAUGAAAAGGCACAACGAUUCCUUUCUUCGCCCUCAAAUAAGCCAACAUUUUUAUUAUUGGAAAUUCUCCGUAGAGAAAUUUUGCACGUGGAAACUUUUAGAUCACUUCUAAAUUAUACUUGGACUCGAGUUUUCUCACCAAAUCCCCAACAACGCACAGGAGACUCUUGGCCUGCACUUUCCGGGUCUUCUUUUGAGGAAGAGACAGAGGAUUCAAUGAUAUUCUCUUCACCUGACAUGGAAUUGACCACUUUCACACUUCUUAUCUCCCGCCUCCUCCAUCAUGCACGGCAUUUACUACCCUCUGCUGUCCUCCCCAUAUCCCAUAUGGUUCCUCCAUAUUUGUUCCAGAAUUUACAUCGUGGGUCUACAACGGAGUCGUUAGAGCCACGUGCACAUAGCCGAUGCUCUCAUUUGCUCAAUAAACUACUUCACGCCCUUUCUCGACCAUCACAAUUUGCUCCAUUUAAAUCCAUGAUCCAUAAUUGGCAUGCACAAAGAGUCCUACUGCGUUUAGCAAAUCAGACCAAACCGCCUUUAAUCAUUGACAGGGGUGGUUACCAUGCUGUACAAGUUGUACUACUUGCAUUACAAAAGACCGAUGAUGAAUCAAGAUUAGCUAAGCUCCAAGCGAGAAGUUGGCCUCCCUGGAGAAUUGACCAAGAUGGUAUGGAUGCCCGAAGAUCGCCAGACGAAGAUCUGAGUAAGGUUGUCUUUGCAAUAAGGCAAAUGAAGCAAGCUGGGUAUAGUUCGAGUAUUAGCACUCAUGCUCAUGGUAUUCUUGGGGGACAAGAAGAUGAUGGGACACCAACAAUCCAUACCAGGUCUUUGUCCAAAGGUCGUAUUAGAAAGUUGCGCUCUUUGGUAAGGUCGAGUCCUCUGCAUCCCCGAGUUUGGAGUUCAAGGAUCACAGCAACGCGUGAUGUACAGGAAGCUUGGAGCGCAUUCAAGAGUUUUCAACGUUUAGGUGGCACACCCACCUCUUCCAUUUAUCAUGCUAUGAUGGAGAAAGUUGAAGCCGAAUGUAGGAGGGCCGGUCGUUCUCGAAUGAUAGAUGUUAUACCUGGCGUGGGGAAAGAAGUUCUUCCACCGUCCGUCGACAACUUCAGCGAUUUCUAUAAAGAGGAGCUUCGACCGCCAUCAUCCAUUGAUUUCUUGUAUGAAACCAUGAUGUCAGCUGGAGUACGGCCACAAAGUGACUGUCUAAAUUUCCUUAUCAGUCAUGCUAGGGGAAUACCUGAUGGUAUAAAGUAUCUUUGUGAAAGUGAACAGCGACGUACUUUCUUGAAGUAUAUCGUUGGCCAAAACGCCGAUCCACCAGCUAAAAUGACAUCUGCGGAAAUUCGCAUCAUUCAUGCAUUCAUCACCUUACUUUGCAGGUGUACGGAUAAACUCACCCCACAAGCUUUGUCAUACUCCGAAAUAUCAAUGUCCAAAGAUCUGAAAGGGCUUCAUGAAACUUUUGCAGAUGACCUCAACGAUGUCAACGCAAAUGAGACAAUGUCACACACGCUACCUAGAUCUAGAAAGUCUGGUAUUAAUCCGCUGGCUCACGCACUGGAGCUCAUACGAACCAGCCAGACAAGAUAUAAGCCUACGUGGUAUGCGGUCUUCAAUGCACUUGCUAAACCUGGCAUUACAAUUGAUCCUAAUAUAAUUGGUGACCCGCAAGAUGAUAUCAAUUCCUGGAGAAUCUCUGCUGCUGUACUACAGGACUUCCACGACGCGGGGCUUGAGCUUGAACCAAACGGCUUUCAGUUCAUUUGUCGAGGGUUGGAAAAGGCAAUGGUUGCAUCGUCCCGGAUGGACCAAAAGUCACCGUUCGCGGAUGAUGUUCUACUUGUGAAAGAUGAAUUCGCAAAGUUAUCUUCGACAAGUUUCGAUAUUGGACUUCCCGCCCUUGCUCACGAUUCACAUAGCAAACUACACGGCGCUGUUUUACAUGCCUACGUCCGUGUUCUAGGAAUAGCAGAGGAUUUCGAGGGCAUCAAAGCUGUAGUAGAGUGGAUGGUACUUCAUCACGAGCGUUUAAUUACUGAGGCUAAGUGGAGCCGCAAUGGUCACGAGCUUUUGAAAAGAACUCUAAUAGCUGCAAAAGUCUUUUGCAAUGGGUCAUCCUAUGAAGAAGAAGCACGCAUAUUGGUGGAAGGCGCCGAGGGCUGGUCAUGGCCAACUGAUCAGGAUGCUAGGACUUACGUUGAAGGGGGCCCGUCAUUAGAAUCUGGUGGGAGCUCUUUAGUGAGUGGUGGAAAUGAUGUAGAAGAUGAAAAGACCUUAAUUCGGGAUUUCUACUGAGAUAUUCCAUUAUUUAAAUCUAAUUGAUUGUACGUUAGUAAAUCCUUAGAAUUAAAAGGUUCAGGAAUUGGGCUUUUUUUGAUGUACAAUAUAGAAGUAGAUAGUUUACCAGUGGGUGUGCGAGUUGACGAUAUACUGCGAAAAUCGGCUUUGCAAUGUCUCUUGAAAAAUCGGCUCAAAUAUCUUAAACACUGUUACUAUGAUUCAGACAAUAAAUUCGUCAGAAUUUUUGAAAGUUCAAAAGUGUCCCGUCAGUCCAUGCACUGACCGAAUUUGACAACCUUUUCACAAGUUCUUGAGUAUCAAAUCCUGGUUUCUUCAGUAAUUGUUUUCUUAGUAAGUAGAAAGGCAUCGCCGCGCCCGGAGUUCGGCAUAGGAGGCGUGUUGGGUAUUGGAUAUGAUAAGAUGGACACAGGGAUGGACCAAGGAUAGUUUUGGCACACUGGGAAGUGGUGAAUGGACAAUGAGGUAUGCGGGUAUGCAGGAUAGGAUGGGUUAUAAAUGAACGAGGUUCGAUGGCUUCGAAAUGGUAAGGGUUGGGUGGAUAAUAUUGGUCAGGUGGGGAAGUAGGUAGGAAAGUGGAGGAGCUAUGAGCUUGGGGUGUUGGUUGAUGUUGGAUUGGUAGAUAAGAGGAGCUUGGAGCAUGGAGCUUGGGGAUUGCUUGGGUGUUGGUGGAUGGGUGAAAGAGAUUGGGAGUAUGUGGCAGAGGAGCAGAGAUCGAGCUAAAGGAUUCUUUCUCGAUGAUGU